GGGCGGGCUGCAGCCACCAGCUGUGAACACCGGCGAGAUGCCGACUGUGUGCCACCAGGGCCCGGUGCUAGCAGGUAGCGCCACUUUGGCUACCAUAGGGGCCCUGACCCUGUACUUAGGGAAACCCACCAGCUAUGGGAAACACAGCCAGAGUGUGUCGUCGGGUCCCCUCCUGCCGGCACGCGUCGCCUGGUUCCUGCAGGAACUUCCCUCCUUCGUGGUGCCUGUAGGGAUGCUGGCUUGGCAGUCCCGCUCCCUCUUCGGACAGCCCGGGAAUGUGCUGCUGGGUCUCUUCUCUGCACAUUACUUCCACAGGACGUUUAUUUACUCCUUGCUCACCAGAGGGAGGCCUUUCCCUGUGAUGCUGUUUCUGAGAGCGAUUGCCUUCUGCAUCGGAAAUGGAUUUCUUCAAGCCUACUAUCUGAUUUACUGCGCAGAAUAUCCCAAGGAGUGGUACACAGAUGUCAGGUUUAGCGUGGGUGUCUUCCUGUUUAUUUUGGGAAUGGGAAUCAACAUCCAUAGUGACUACCUGCUGCGCCAGCUUAGGAAGCCCGGAGAAAUCAUCUAUAAGAUCCCACGAGGUGGCUUGUUUAAGUAUGUCUCCGGAGCCAACUUCCUGGGCGAGAUCACGGAAUGGAUGGGCUAUGCCUUGGCCUCCUGGUCCAUCCCAGCCUUUGCGUUUGCAUUUUCUUCACUCUGCUUCCUUGGGGUCCAAGCUUUUUACCACCACAGGUUCUACCUCAAGAUGUUUAAGGACUACCCCAAAUCUAGGAGAGCGCUUAUUCCAUUCAUCUUUUAAAGAACCCCAGUUUUAAGGAGCAAAGCUUCUACGGGAAAACCGCCCAGCUGCCGAGACUAUCAACUGUAAACUAUAACUGAGCUGUCUUGAUCACAUGUGUACAUAUGAUGAUGUGUGUGAUAUUAGGUCUCUGUACUCUGGUUGCCUGAGGCAUGCUGAGUCAUGACUGCCUAGCAUUUUCUCCUGUACCUAACUUCCUGUUGGAGCUUCAUAGAGGCCCCUCCAUGGAUUUCUCCUUAGCUACUCCUUAUAGAAGCUUCUCCAUUCCCCAUGGGUUUUCCCCCUCAUUGUAUGAUCUGAAGACAUGUGACUUUUCUCAUACUCUGUAUCAAUUGUGGGAAGUUCUUCAGUCAAAACCCUUUGGGCUGACAUAAUGAAAAAUGAAGCCAUAACGUUUGCAGGCAAGUGGGUAGAACUGGAAAUUGUUAUAUUUAACCCGACUCAGAAAGAUAAACAUUGCAUGUCUUUCUCA